AUGGCUUCACACAUUGGUCCAUGGAGGACUUCUGCUCAGGGCCACCUAUCGCCCGACACCAAUGGCGACUCCAAGACUGACUACACACGCUGGCGAUUGGUUAAUGAGGAAGGUCGCCAGACUUGGCGGUAUCUGGAAUCCGAGGAAGAGAACCAGGCCUGGCCGCAGACAGUUGCAGACAAGUACCAUCUUGGACUACCAACGGGUCUCCCCGAACUCUCAGAGGCCAAAACACCUCUCCAAGCCGCCGAGAACGGCCUAUCUUUCUUCUCGCACUUGCAACUUGAGCCGGGUAACUGGGCUUGCGAAUAUGGGGGGCCUAUGUUCCUACUGCCAGGGUUAUUAAUCACCUGGUAUGUCACCAAUACUCCUAUUCCCCCGGAGUACGCGACGGAGAUCAAGCGCUAUCUGUUUGCCCGCCAACACCCGGAGGAUGGCGGCUGGGGCCUGCACAUUGAAGCCCAUAGCUCUGUUUUCGGCACUGCCAUGAACUACGUGGCUCUGCGUCUGGUCGGUGUUAGCGAGGAUGACGCUCGUAUGGUGAAGGCGCGAGGACUGCUCCACAAGUUCGGAGGUGCUAUCUAUGGCCCUCACUGGGCAAAGGCAUGGCUCAGCAUUCUAGGCGUGAUGGAAUGGGAGGGUGUCAACCCUGUUCCCCCUGAGAUCUGGCUUCUACCCGACUGGGUGCCUUUUGCUCCUUGGCGAUGGUGGAUCCAUAUUCGCCAAGUGUUCUUGCCUCUCUCCUACAUCUGGUCCAAGAAGUGGUCUCACCCUCUCAAUGAUUUCACGAAACAGCUCCGUGAAGAGCUGUACACACAGCCAUAUGACUCGAUCAACUUCGCCGCACACCGCAACUCCAUUCAUCCCGCCGACAACUACUAUCCUAAGACCUGGAUCUUGAACGGCAUCAACGAACUUCUGGUUCGUGUUUGGAAUCCCUUCCUUCGCCUUGGUGCUAUUACUAGGCGUGCUGAAGAUUGGACAUGGGAGUUGAUCCGCAUGGAAGACGAAAACACUGACUACGCGGGGCUGGGACCCGUCAACAACCCGCUCAACAUGGUUGCUUGCUAUAUCCACGAUGGCCCAGACAGCUACUCAGUUCGUCGACACCGAGAGCGGUUGAAUGACUACAUGUGGAUGAAAAAUGAAGGCAUGUUGGCGAACGGUACCAAUGGUGUUCAGGUCUGGGAUACAACUUUUGUCACGCAAGCGGUUUCGGUGGCUGGAUUUGCCGAUGACCCCAAGUGGCGGCCCAUGUUGACCAAGGCUCUGGAGUUCAUUGACGACCAUCAACUGCGGGAGAACGUGCCCGAUCAAGAGAAAUGUUAUCGCCAGCACCGCAAGGGCGCCUGGCCUUUCAGCACCAAGACCCAGGGAUACACUGUUAGCGAUUGCACUGCCGAGGGUCUGCGGUCCACUAUCCAGCUCCAGGAGAUGCACAACUUCCCCAAGCUGAUCUCAGUGGAACGCCUGAAGGAUAGUGUGGACUGCCUGCUCUUGAUGCAGAACCCAACUGGUGGCUUCACUGAAUACGAGACCACUCGUGCCUCGCCCAAGGUUGAGUGGCUGAAUGCCGCCGAGGUAUUCGGCGGUAUCAUGAUCGGAUAUGAUUACCCCGAGUGCACUACCGCCUCCGUGACUGCGCUGUCGCUCUUCAGCAAGUUCUACCCCGACUACCGCGCCGACGAAAUCCGUGCUACCAAACAGAAGGCCGUGGCCUACAUCAAGCGUGCUCAGCGCACGGAUGGAAGCUGGUACGGCUCUUGGGGUAUUUGCUUCACGUACGCCGCCAUGUUCGCACUGGAGAGCUUAGCCAGCGUUGGCGAGACCUAUGAGACUAGCGAGAACUCUCGUCGAGGUUGUGAGUUCCUAAUCUCCAAGCAACAGGCCGAUGGUGGCUGGGGCGAGUCAUACCUUAGCAGCGAAAAGCAUGUUUAUGUUCAGCAUGAGAAGUCCCAGGUGGUCCAAACUGCUUGGGCCUGCCUGGCGCUUCUGGAAGCCCAGUAUCCCCACAAGGAGCCUCUCGAGCGUGGCAUGAAGCUGCUCAUGGCGCGCCAGCAGCGUAACGGCGAGUGGCUGCAGGAGUCAAUUGAGGGUGUAUUUAAUCAGUCGUGUAUGAUUUCUUACCCCAACUACAAGUUCUACUGGCCGAUCCGUGCCCUUGGCUUGUACAGCAAAAAGUUCGGCAACACUGAGCUGCAGUGA